UUGUUGCAGAAUAUUGUGCAGGCCAACUGUCAUGGACACUGGUGCUCGUCUCAGGGAAGUUAUACACAUACUUGCACCUUUUGUUUUAUUAUACGUGUCCAUAUAUAAGUAAAUAUAAAACAAAACUCAUCAUGCUAUGUGUAUUGAACGAGCUCGUAUUUUCAUUAGCCUUGUAUUCAAAUCUUGUGAAUAGUAUGAACUUAUAUUUACGAUCUGAUCAGUCUAUGUACAUUGACUACCUGUGAUUUCCUGGACUUAUUUAUUUAUCUUUCGUUCAAACUUAAGUUUAUCAUACAUUUUAAGCCAUGGUUGACAGCCAGUGCACAGUUAAAGAAUUAGAUCAAUGGAUUAAACAGUUAUAUGAAUGUAACCGACUCUCUGAGACUCAAGUGAAAACAUUAUGCGAAAAAGCUAAAGAAAUUUUAUCCCAGGAAUCUAACGUGCAGCAAGUAAAAUGUCCAGUAACAGUAUGUGGAGACAUUCACGGCCAGUUUCAUGACUUGAUGGAACUCUUCAGCAUUGGAGGUCGAAUACCAGACACAAAUUACCUUUUCAUGGGAGAUUAUGUUGAUAGAGGAUACUAUUCAGUUGAAACUAUAACACUGCUUGUUGUAUUAAAGGUCAGAUAUAAGGACAGAAUAACUAUACUUCGAGGAAAUCAUGAAAGUAGACAGAUUACCCAAGUGUAUGGAUUUUAUGAUGAAUGUUUGAGGAAGUAUGGAAAUGCUAAUGUUUGGAAAUUUUUCACAGAUCUCUUCGAUUUUCUUCCUCUCACAGCAUUAGUAGAUGAAGAAAUAUUUUGUUUACAUGGAGGAUUAUCCCCUUCAAUUUGCAACUUGGACAACAUUAAUACUUUGUUCAGAAAACAGGAAAUACCACAUGAAGGUCCAAUGUGUGAUCUUCUUUGGUCUGAUCCCGGUACACACAAUGGUUGGAGCCUGUCACCUCGAGGCCUUGGUUACACAUUUGGCAAAUGUAUUUCAGAACUGUUCUGUUACUCAAAUGGUCUUUCCCUCAUAUCUCGUGCUCACCAGUUGGCCAUGGAGAAUACGAACUAUAUUUUGAAACAGUCUGGAGAUAAAAAGAAGAAAUAA